AUGGGUGAGCGCGGUGUUUCCGUGGCCGAGGAGCAGAGGCCGGCGGCCGAGAGCCUAAAAAACGACGCCGUUUACAGCUCCAGCGACGCUCCUUCGCCAUCUGAUCGUCCUGUUCGUGUAUACGCCGAUGGGAUCUACGAUCUCUUCCAUUUCGGCCACGCUCGUUCCCUCGAACAGGCCAAGAAGCUGGUCCCGAAUACAUACCUGCUAGUCGGAUGCUGCAGUGAUGAGGUCACACACAAGUACAAAGGCAAGACCGUUAUGACUGAAUCCGAGCGCUACGAAUCCCUUCGUCAUUGCAAGUGGGUUGACGAGGUUAUUCCUGAUGCUCCGUGGGUGAUUAAUCAAGAGUUCCUCGACAAGCACAACAUAGAUUAUGUGGCUCACGACUCUCUUCCUUAUGCUGAUACAAGUGGUGCUGGAAAGGAUGUCUAUGAAUUUGUUAAAGCCGUGGGAAGAUUCAAAGAGACUAAAAGGACUGAUGGAAUUUCCACCUCCGACAUCAUUAUGAGGAUAGUCAAAGACUAUAACCAGUAUGUUAUGCGCAAUUUGGAUCGUGGAUAUUCAAGAAAGGAGCUUAAUCUUAGUUAUGUUAAGGAAAAGCGUUUGAGGGUGAGUAUGAGACUGAAGAAGCUGCAGGAAAAAGUUAAGGAGCAGCAAGAAAAGGUGGGGGAGAAGAUACAAACCGUUGCAAAAACGGCUACCAUGAAUCGUAACAUGUGGGUCGAAAAUGCCGACCGGUGGGUUGCUGGAUUCCUUGAGAUGUUUGAGGAAGGCUGUCAUAAAAUGGGGACAGCCAUUAGAGACCGAAUACAAGAGCGACUCAAGGGGCAAAGGGCUUUGAUGAAUGGUGAUGAUGAUGAUGAGUAUUAUUAUGAUACAGACGAAGAAGAAGAAUACUAUUACGAUGAUGAAGAAUAUUACGACAGUGAUGAGAAAUGA